AUGGCCCGGCGCGCGCUCGCCGCUGCUCUGGCCUUGGCCGUGGCGGGAUCGGAUCCCGAGCCGGCUCGGCGCCUUCAGUUCGAUGCUGAGGAGGGUGGCUGGAUGCGGAUUGGAGAGGAUGACCAGCAGUGCUACGUUCCGGGAGGUAUGGACAUCCAUGAGGGGAAGUCGCGUGAAUACUGCCGGAAGAAAGCAGACGAGGCCGGCUGGGAGUACUACCAGUACAAUGAGGACAAGGAGCUUUGCGCAAUGACCGACAUGUGCGAAAAGUCGGCGAUGACUUUUGAUGCGACCGGUUGGAAAAGCUACGGCAAGAACUGGUGCGUGCGCUGUGGGGAGUCACUCUGGGUCCCGAAGCGCAAGUCCAAGCAGUGCUGCGAGUCGAACUGCUUCUCGCAUUACUGGUGGACACCUUACGGAGCCACCGUCGACUGCGGCGGAGGCAACCUCACUGUCUCCCUAGCAGAAGCGCAGAAGGAAGCCAAGUCCCACGUGUGA